GAAUGUCAUUAUCAAGGGUGCAUGUGCAUGUGCAAGUCUCUCAGGUUGGUUAAACACUAUUGUUUUGUUCGCUUGUUAUAAAAGGAGUAGGUCAAUACAUCAGAAAAAAAUAGCAUAGCAGAAAUAGUUUUUGUGCAAUGGCAGACCCAGAAACGAUCAGAGAGAUAAUGAGAUAUGACGAACAUGUGGAUGCCGACAGAGAAUUCAUCCGUUCGCUACCCGACAUGCCAACAACAUCCGUGGGAACAAUACCCAAGCCACCAAAACCCGAGGCAAUAAAAUCCGAGGCAACAAAGUCCGAGAAAGUUGCCGUGUCAUCGACUAAAAGAGAGAGAGAUUGGGAUUCGGACUCUGAGUCAUCGGAUGUUGCCGUCCAACCAACAAAUAAUGUAGACGUAGACGAAGAUGAGAAUUUCUGGUUAAAUUUAUCUUCUUACAGAUUCAAUAAGCUAAAGGACGUACACAAUGAGCGUCUAAGGAUAGAGAAAGACAUCAAAAAUGUCGAUGAUAUAUGCAGGCAUGAAGAGCAGAAAUUGCAAAAAUUAACUGAAACUGUAUCAAGUUUAAGAAGUCAAUAUUAUAAAGCCAAACAUGAUGAAGAAGUUUUACGUAAAAAAGUACGUGAAAAAAUAAAUUUGCAAAAAAGUAAAAGAGUGUCUAUGUUGAGGGAGAAAUCAAUUUAUGAUAACCAAAUUAAGACAAUGUUGAUGACAGAACGUACGAAAAACCAUGACAAAUUAGAGAAUUAGUAAACAAAAAAAAAACGGAAAUUAGAGAUUUAUUAUAAAUAAUUAACCAAAUAACCAUUAACCAAAACCAAAAAUUACUUAUGAUAAUUGAAGACACGAGUGGAUGAAGGUGCUAUUACCAAAUUCAGAUUUUGAGAAAAUUAAGGUUAAAGUUUUUGUUUGUAAACUUUUCUCACAUGUACCGGGUGUCCCAAUAAGAAUG